AUGGUAGUAAUGGGGAUGGGCUUUAUCUUUGUUUAUAUUGUAUUUUCUAUUUGCAAUAUAAAUACUCAAGAAUCUACUACGGAUUACCCGACAACAUCAAACUAUGAAUUGGAGUUAAAAAAUAAUUGUGUAUUCAAAGAUUUAGAUACAAACACAUCUAAACUCAAUAAUGUUACUGUUGCAGCACCUGAAGGGCCUCAAAAUUUAACCGUUUUGGACAUUACUCCUAACAGUCUAUAUUUACAAUGGUGUAAUCCUUACAAAAAGAAUGGUAUUAUUGAAGGAUAUAGGUUAUACUAUGUAUUUCAUAACUGUACCAAUUACAUGGAGGAUCAAAUACCCUUUGCUGAGCCAUAUAUUCGAUAUAAUCUUACUAAACUAGAACCACUGACUGAAUACCAGAUUUAUGUGAGAGCUUUUACAAAGAAAUUUGAAGGCAGCCGUUCUAAAGUCUUAAUAACUACUACAGAUAUUGGUGGACCAAGUGCUCCAAAAAUUCUUAAGCUAGCUUGCCAAGCAAAUGAAACUCUCUUCGUACACUGGGAAAGACCUUCAAGCUAUUACUAUUCCAUAGAUUUUUAUUACGUGUUCAUAAAUUUGGGAACUGCUAUCUAUGACAAACUAAAAAUGCCUACCAAAACUGAUCAUUUGGAUACUGCAAUUACUCAUAAAGUGCCUGCAAACGCUCUCUACAGUGUUCAGAUCCAAGCUCUCACCAGAAGCAACUUAACAAAAAGACUAAUCAGGGGAGAAAUGUCUAUUCCACAUACUAUUGAAAUAACUAAGAACUGUGAUAAAGUUGCAGAUUAUUUAGCAGAUGCUACAAGUGAACUGGGAUAUGGUAUUCUUGCAGGAGUUCUUUGUGCAUCUUCAGCACUUAUAGUAGCUGGAUUAGCAUUUUUGAUUUAUAGAAAAUGUUUUCGUGCGCCAUAUUACUACUUAGAUAAUGUACAACGAACUGCUGCAUCACUUGAUUGGAAUGCCAUCCCUGAACCUGUAAACGAUUCUCCUGGUCGGCCUAUCCCGGUUACUCUCUUUGCUCGACAUGUACAAGAACUUCAUGCCGACGGUGACAUCGGAUUCAGCAAAGAAUACGACACUAUUCAAAACGAAACUAAUAACGAUGAUAACCCAUCUGAACAAUCUCAACAUCCAGAUAACAAACCAAAAAAUAGAUAUCUUAACAUCAUUGCAUACGAUCACUCCCGUGUUAAUUUGCUGACAAUUAAAGGAGAAAAAGUUUCCACUUACAUUAAUGCCAACUACAUUGACGGUUUUCUAGUUGCCAGAGCUUACAUCGGAACUCAAGGUCCGUUGCCGUCAACAUUUGACUGCUUUUGGAGAAUGGUAUGGGAACAGAGAGUUACCAUAAUUGUGAUGAUUACCAACUUAGUUGAAAGAGGAAGAAGAAAGUGUGAUAUGUACUGGCCAAAGGAAGGUACUGAAACCUAUGGAAUAAUUCAAGUAAAAUUGGUUAAGGAAGAUAUUAUGGCUACAUACACUGUUAGAACUCUUGCAAUUCGCCACAUGAAAGUAAAUUUCAAGAAUAAGAAGAGGGAUAUUUCAGCUGAAAAAACCGUCUACCAAUAUCAUUACACUAACUGGCCAGAUCAUGGAACUCCCGACCACCCAUUGCCGGUUAUUAAUUUUGUUAAGAACUCUUCUUCGGCUAAUCCACCUGAUAGCGGACCCAUUAUUGUACAUUGCAGUGCUGGAGUUGGUCGAACCGGAACUUACAUAGUGCUAGACGCUAUGCUUCGACAAAUUAGAACCAGAGGCGAAGUAAAUAUCUACGGAUUCUUAAAGCAUAUUCGGGCACAGCGAAAUUUCCUAGUUCAAACAGAAGAACAGUACAUUUUUAUCCAUGACGCACUUGUAGAAGCCAUUGAAUGCGGUGAAACCAACAUAUGCAGGGAAAACUUUCCUAGAUACGUAUCCGCCCUACAGAACGUAAAUUGUGAAGAGAAAGAUGAGUUAUGGAAACCUCUUGAUGCUCAGUUCAAGCUAGUUACCAGCUUCGUUCCUAAAGACUUUCACCUUGUCUCUGCCAACAAACCGGUGAAUCAACCAAAGAAUAGAUGCGCAAUAAUUGUUCCAGUAGAAAGUUCUCGAGUUCAUUUGACUCCAAAGCCUGGUGAAGAUGGAUCUGAUUAUAUCAAUGCCAGCUGGUUGCAAGGUUUUCACAACCUUCGUGAAUUCAUCAUUACUCAGCAUCCAUUCAAGCACACCGUAUACGAUUUUUGGCAAAUGGUUUGGGAUCAUAACGCACAUUUGAUAGUCUUCAUAAGCUUCAUCGAUAACUCUGAAUAUGAAGCUUUCUGGCCCGUUGGAAAUGAAGUCAUUGAAACUGAUACAUAUAUUUGCCAACUAACACACGAACACAGCACCUCUAACUAUUAUAUUCGAGAAUUUUUGAUGAAAUCUGUUCAGGACGAUUAUGAAAUACCUAUUAAAAUGCUCCAUUGCGUGAAUUGGCCUCAUCAGGUACCUAAGAUCAGUGAGAUGUAUCAUUUACCUACAUUUGUAUUAGAAAUGCAGAGAGUUCAAAAUGGACCAAUCGUUGUUGUCGACCGGUUUGGGGGUACUGAAGCUGCAACUUUCUGUGCAUUGACAACAUUGAAAAAACAUCUUAUUUACGACAAUAAGAUUGAUGUUUACAUGUAUGCCAAACUAUAUCACAACAAGAGGCCUGGCAUUUGGAUAUCGAGUGAUGAUUACAUGAGACUCCACAUGUGUGUACAAGCAUUGUGCAAUCCACCAGAACCCGGCAUAGUUGAAGCUGCUCCUGACUUGUAUUCAUUGGCCAAUGGUAACAUCAAUGCUCCGUCAACAUCUCGAGAUUGUAUUCGAAUACCUCCAGAAGAAACCCCUCUUGUUACCAUCGACGUUUUGAACAGUAAAGGAUAUUAA